AUGUUUUCCUCUGGUGAAUCCUUUCGAGGUUCCAGAGGCUGUUUCACGCAACUUCUCAUGAAGAACUUGCCCGUGCCCCCGGGACCGACCAAGCCGUUCAGAUAUCCGUCUGCUCCGUCCACCUCCAAAGGGCCGAGCAACCAGAUCUAUCACCAACAAUGGAAAAAAUCAUACGUACCUGCUUAUCUUCAAAAGCCGCCGGUACCGCUUCAAACGCUGAUUGACAGAUACAUGCAAGGUGAGACUCACGCCGUGAGCAUGCUCCAUGAGCUCGCCGGGACUUUGCAGUUCCACCUGGAAAUGAAAGAAACGGUGACGACAGGCAACACCGUAGGGCUCUACUUUGCCUUUUGUGCGGUGAUCGAUGGCGUCCAGUACAAGACCGCCAUGGGAAAGACCAAGAAGGACGCCAGGCAGAGGGCGGCAGCGCUGGCUCUGAAGGAUCUGCUGCCCACCCUGGGAAGUGUGGACUCUGGUCUUCCUGAGGCCUUAGAUUCCCCUCCACUCCUCCCAGUCAGAGAGGACCCCUUCGUCUCCGAUGUGUAUCCCUGCAGAGCCAAUCAGGACAGGAGGAGUUCUGUGAACCUCCAGCUCCCUCAGGCCGUCAGGGAUCAUCUCACUCAUCUGAUGAGCAGCCACCUGGAGUUCUCUGCCUGCGCCGGCACCACGGCAGCGUUCAUCGUUCAGACUCCCAGCGGGUGUGAGGUGGUCGCUCUCGGCACCGGGAACUUCAACACCAAAGAGAACGACUCCUCCAGUGGACGGAUCUUACACGACUCGCAUGCAGUCGUGACCGCCAGGAGAUCUCUCAUGAGGUUUCUGUACCGGCACCUGCUGAUGUUCUUCAGCAAAACGGCCAAACUGACGGAGAAGUCUGUCUUCGAGCCGAGCGGCAGCGACGGCGGCCUCCUCAGCCUGAAGAGCGGCGUCAGCCUUCACCUUUACGUGAAUCAACUGCCGAAGGGGGCGGCUCAGAUCCCGACCAGGCUGCGUCUGAACCCCCUCUCCGUUUCGGCGUGGGAAGCCAACAACGAGAUCAGCCUGCACCUGUCAGUGGAGGGCAAGUUGUUCUCAGUUUUCUCAUCGAACUUCGACCACUCUCCCUCCACUGUGGCCAGCAUGUCCACCACAGACAAGAUAACUCAGUGGCAGGUGCUGGGGUACCAGGGAGCCCUGCUCAGCCACUUCAUCGAACCCGUCUACGUCCAGAGCAUCCUCAUAGGUGAUUCCUGCUGCAGGGACGUCCGUGGCAUGGAGAUGUCCGUGAGCGAGCGUGUGGAGGGGAUCACCUCUGAGCUGCCCAUGUUCUACUGCAUGAUGAGGCCUCACAUCAGCCUGGCGCCCUCCGUGGCGACCGACGGCAGCGACGGCGGUCAGCUGACCAUCGGGAUCAACUGGAGCCAGGGGGACGGCUCCCUGGAGGUCGUGGACGGUCUGCAGGGCAAGACCAUAGAGGAAUCUCCCUUCAAGAGCGGAUCUGGUCUGGCAAGUCGUCUGUGCAAAGCUGCGAUGCUGCACCGCUUCAAGCUGGUGGCCAUAGAAGCCCAGAGACAGGACCUGCUGGCCACCAGCUCCUACAGGGAAGCCAAGAGGAUGGCGAAGCCGUACCAGGAGGCGAAGACCAUGCUGAGGACGUACCUGUCGCAGCAGGGCUUCGGGUCCUGGCUGGUCAAACUGUCGGUUGAGGAGAAUUUCAGCAUGUAG